CUCAUUUCAUUUCGUCUGCCCUGUGUGUCUGUGUGAGUGUCGCUGCAUUCUUUAGUCAUUUCUAAUGUGUCAUUGUUACUGUCAUUUGGCAGCUAGGGUGCUGUGGGCCGGCCGGACGCCGAGCGGCCAGAUCCAAUAAGGUGAGUGCGCCACUCUGAGGGCGUCAGCCACCUGACAGUGUGUGUGUGUCUGGGCGUGUGUGUCGAGUGCGUCUUGGGGGGCACAGUGUAGCUCUGUGUGUGUCGAGUGUGUCUUGGGGGGCGCAGUGUAGCUCUGUGUGUGUCGAGUGCGUCUUGGGGGGCACAGUGUAGCUCUGUGUGUGUCGAGUGUGUCUUGGGGGGCACAGUGUAGCUCUGUGUGUGUCGAGUGUGUCUGGGGCGGCACAGUGUAGCUCUGUGUGUGUCGAGUGUGUCUUGGGGGGCACAGUGUAGCUCUGUGUGUGUCGAGUGUGUGUUGGGGACAGAGACUUAGUGCCUGCGUGUCUGUGUGUGUGGGAAAGAGAAGGCCCCCAGAAGAAGGCAAAAAGAGAGAGGAAGGCCCAUUAGAAGGCCGACACAAAGAGGCGCUUAGAAGCCCACCUACCACCCACGGGCAGCCGGCAGGUCAGUCAGCACCACACAGCACGGGCCACUCCAAAGCUUAAUGGAUGAGGAUCUGUCUGUCUGUGUGUCUGUCUGUCUGUCUGUGUGUGUGUGUGUGCUCUGUGCUGCAGCUUGGCUUGUUUGGAAGAGCUCACACGCAUUCCCGCCGUUUGGGCUGUGCGGCAUUUCGUGUUUUCGUCUGUUCUGAUUAAGUGGUGUAGUGCAGCCAUUCCGCCAUUUUGUGCUGUAGUAGAAGUCGCCGGCACUCCAUUUGUGCCGCUGCCAGCCAUUUGGUCCGUAUAGUCCCUCUCCACUCACUCACCCCACACACCAACCAGGUACGUGUGUGUUAGUGGUCACCAAUUGCCUGCGCACACACACUCAUUCAUUCAGCCGUCCAUAUGUAUGUGUCUGCAGGUCCCCUGUAUGCGUCGAGCUGCCUGCCAGAGUGUACUUGGCUAAGUCCAGGCGCAGCCACCACCCCCAACUCACAGACGGUUAGAAAUUUGGUUGACCACACCUUCAGCAGCAACACAUCUGUGUGUGCAUCUUCUUCUCUGUGUGCUGUUGGUGUGCAGCUCACUGGUCGGCCAUCUAGCUGCACACCAAGGCCACGUCUCUGUCGGACGGCUUUGUGUCAGCGCACACGCCACUACGGCAGCAGCAGCAGCAGCAAGCCGCCAGUCAGCACCGGCCAUUGCGUAAGGAAGCCCCGCGAUGCACCCCAUCGGCAGCCUCUGAUGCUGCUCUUCGUGCGACCUUCAGAGGGUACGUGAGGGAGCACUGGAGGCACCAGGCAAUGCCCACCGUCGGGCUUACGUGUGUGUCUCGUGUGUGUGCCUUGGCAGGUGGACCAUGUCAGUCGUCCGAGCCAGCCCACGAUGGGCGGGGGAAGGCCGCUUCGGCCGUAUCCCGUCCAUCACCCGUGGGGGGGUCAGGCGAUGUGUGUGGUGUGGGAGGGAGGCGUAGUCGUUUCGACGAUCCUCUCGCCCACCCACACACACAUGGUGCCCUUCGCCAUCGUCACCCCACCCCCGCCCGCCCUCCAUCGGCUAAGAGAUCUUCAAUAACGGCACCGUGGCCAUCGUCAGGUCAGUCGAUCACUCUCACACGAACGAGUGCAUGAGCAUGUGACGGGUGCACAUCUCCCCGUGUGUGUGUGUGUGUGUCGUGUCAUGUGGCUUGCAGGUCACUCACUGUCAGAUCCUCACUGCGUAAGGAAGCCGAUCUAUUCUGACAGCCCUCUUCGUCCAUCAACGAUCCACAACGUACGUGUGCCACACACACGCACAGCUGAAUAUGCCCUCACCUUUACGUGUCUCUCCUCCUGUGUGUUUGUGCCACUGGUUGUUUGCAGGUUUCCCUCACUCCUCACUGUGUAACGAAGCCAAUAUGCUACUCGCCGUCCCUUCCGCCCUCUGCACACGCCGCCGCCGCACUAAGGUAAAGGGGUGUGGGCGUCAGUCGCACACACAUGCAUGUACACCCAAGUACUGUACCUGCUCAUCUGUCUACGCGUGUCUGUAUCUGUGUCGCUCAGCAACCCGAUCGCCUGCCUCCUCUUGCCGACAAGUCUCUGUCACACGCCAGACUGUUCAUCUGGCUGGCGGCGUGUGUGCUUGUGUCGACUCUCUGUCUGUCCGUCUGCCAUGUGGGGGCGUGCGAAAGUGCUGUGUGUGUUGACGGGCGUGUGCACAUUCAUCUGUGUGCGGAGCAGACUAUAUAUGUGCGUUUUGCCGAAGCGGCCACACACACACACCCAGUGGCACGUCUGAGUGUGCACCUCAUCUGAGCGUACACCCUCACAUUUGACAGACGUAUGUAUGGCUACUGUGGUGCAUACAGCGCUGUACAACUCCCGGGCACAUUGGCGGCCUGCUGUGGGUACGAGUCCGCCAGCGGCAGUCAGAGCACUCAGCAAAGCCUUCAUAUACGCGUGAGUCUGAUCGACUGUCAGGCAGCCUCACGUGCGCAGUGGCCAGUUUGCGUGGAGUCUGUCAUGCGGCCCUUUACGGAUGGCCAGCUUUCAUCUGGCGCCUCUGGCGCCAAUAAGAAAUUCUCGGCGAGAUUUUGAGACAGGCCCACGGGAGACGAGAAAAGGGGAAAAACCCAUUGUGUAUCGAUUUCGAUUUUCUGCCGAGCGUACGCAAGAGAACUCGGCGAGUGCCGCUGUCGGCAGCUCCAAGAAAGCCAGCCGCAUUGCCAAGCUGCCACUGGGGGUGCGUUUCGGCUUCGCAUUCAGUUUGCAGCCAUGUCGGUGAAGUUCCUCCUUGAUAAGAUGCGCAGGGCGAACGUCGCUCUCGGCCGCACCAACAAAGCGCCACCAAGGGCCGCAGCCGGGGGGUCAAGGACAGCAAGGGCCGCAUUCAGCCACCGGUCGCCAAGAGCACCACCAACACGGCGGAGAAGGGCAGUGCGUGCGGCAAGUAUGUUCCAGGACUGCCGCGGGAGGGGCGGAGCCAUGUGUGAGGUGUGCAGCGCCAAGAAGGAGGUGGGCGAGGUGGGAGGGAUGGAAGGGAGGUGCCUCUGGGGAGGGCACUCGUGAUGCAUUGCAUUGCGUCCAGAUAAACAUGGCCAUGUGUGUGUGUCCGUGUGUGCAGGAGAUCGUCCGCGAGGCUGCCAAGAAGCGCCAGGAAUUCGACUUCUACGCCCAGGGCACGGUGCUGCACUUCCCCUCGAUGGACGAGCCCACCAUCGGCCGCACCCCCCACUUCAGCAACUUCGCCAAGGUCCGCCCCAUCAACCCGCCGAACCCGCCCCACACCGCCAGCAGCACCAGCGUGAGCUGCUGCACAGUGCUGCAGAUGGCCUCUGUGUGGGGGAAAGACAACGCCCCCAGAAGAAGGCAAACACAGAGAGACAGAAAGGCCCAUUAGAAGGCCGACACGAAGAGGCGAUUAGAGGGCCACCUACCACAUACGGGCAGCCCACCCAGCAGCCAGCAGGUCAGUCAGCACGACACAGCACGGGCCACUCCAAAGCUUCGUUGAUGAAUGAGGAUCUGUCUGUCUCUGUGUCUGUCUGUCUGUGUGUCUGUCUGUGUGUGCUCUGCGCUGCAGCUUGGCUUAUUUGGAAGAGCUCAGACGCAUUCCCGCCGUUUGGGCCGUGCGGCAUUUCGUGUUUUCGUCUGGUCUGAUUAAGUGGUGUAGUGCAGCCAUCCAGCCAUUUUGUGCUGUAGUAGAAGUCGCCGGCACUCCAUUUGUGCCGCUGCCAGCCAUUUGGUCCGUAUAGUCCCUCUCCACUCACCCCACACACCAACCAGGUACGUGUGUGUAAGUCGUCACCAUGUGCCUGCGCAAACACACUCAUUCACCGCUCCAUCCAUGUGUGUGUGCGUGUGUGUGGUCCGUUGCCUGCAGGUCCCCUUUAUGCGUCGAGCUGCCUGCCAGCGUGUUCUUGAUAUUCGUUGCAUUCGGCGCAGCCUCCACCCCCAACUCACAGACGGUGAGAGAUUUGGUAGACCACACCUGUCUUCGCUGCCCCGCGCCCCUCGUGUUAUGUUCUUCGGUCCGCUUGUUGUCGGCGCAACCAAGACGCGGCAGUUUCCGCCGCUCAGGGGGCUGACCGUGGCAGUUUUCGCCGUUGACCAACGACUGCGUGGGCAACUGUUCGACCAACCGGGCGACGCCACUACUGCAGCAGAGGCCGUCAGUACUCUGAGUAAGGAAGCCGCUCUACAAGGUCUCCAUCAACAACGCUCCACAAGGUGAGUGUGCUGGCGACACGCACAGCUGAUUACACAUGCCUUGAGGUGUUUCUCUCCCUGUGUGUGUGCCACUGGUUGGCUGCAGUGCUCAGCCAGUGGGUAACGAAGCCGACACAUUCACUCUUCACUCCCUGCCACACGUCACCACCACCACCACCGUCACCACCAUAUUCAACACAUAAGGUGGGUGCAGCUGGCCACCACACAGAAGAGACUCACUGCCUCAUCUCUGUCUGUCUGUGUGUUGGAUCGGUUGCCUGCAGUUGUCUGUUUGCGGAUUGUGUACCGGUCGCUCGGCAAGUAAAUUGAUGACCUCUGCAUAUGCCAAAGAGGCAGGUGUGCUCAUCUUUCAGCCACACAGAACACACCACGUGGUGCGCCCGAGCACUCCUCACUUUUCGUCGUGUGUCUGUCUGUCUGUCUGUUAGUGUCCGUCUCGCUCAGGCAGAUCGCUCGCCUCUUUCCGCUCGCCAACCGACGCACAAGCCACACCGAGGCAAGCCAUUGGCCAUAAGAAAACACUUCGGCUGCAUUCGAACGUUUGGGCACCAGUAAAGCACAGCAAAGGAGCUGCAGCCAUGUCGGUGGAGUUCCUCCUCGAGAAGAUGCGUAGGGCGGCUGCCAUCCCCCGCACCAAAGGCGCCGUCACGACGGGCACCAGGGGCCGCAUUCAGCCACCGGUCGCCAAGAGCACCACCAACACGGCGGAGAAGGGCGGUGCGUGCGGCAAGUAUGUUCCAGGACUGCCGCGGGAGGGGCGGAGCCAUGUGUGAGGUGUGCAGCGCCAAGAAGGAGGUGGGCGAGGUGGGAGGGAUGGAAGGGAGGUGCCUCUGGGGAGGGCACUCGUGAUGCAUUGCAUUGCGUCCAGAUAAACAUGGCCAUGUGUGUGUGUCCGUGUGUGCAGGAGAUCGUCCGCGAGGCUGCCAAGAAGCGCCAGGAGCUCGACUUCUACAUGAAGGCCCAUCUCUGGUUGCCCCCGAGAUGGACGAGCCAAC